AUGUCGGUACGAUCGGUUCUACAUCGAGUUACCAACGAAUGCACGGUUUGGGUCCGAUUUGAUCGUCCAUCACCACAGCCACUGAUGUCUGACCUACCAGCUGCCCGUGUACAGCAGUGCCACCCAUUUGCCCUUGUGGGAAUCGAUUUUGCCGGUCCGCUGCAACUAAAAGAGACUCGCCUACGGAAGUCUCGAUCAUAUAAGGUGUAUAUUGCUGUUUUUGUUUGUUUCACUGUGAAGGCUUGCCAUCUCGAGGUUGUCACUGAUUUAUCAAUAGCCGCUUUCUUCGCGGCGUUUGAUCGUUUAGUUGCUCGACGUGGCUUGCCGUCGGACAUUUUCACCGAUUGCGGCACCAACUUUGUGGGCGCCGACCGACAAUUACACGCGAUAAUCAAUAGCUUGAAAGGGCAAACUGCAUUAAGUGAUUCGCAUUCUUAUUGUUCCUGGCAUUUCAACCCGCCCAGUGCUUCUCAUUUUGGUGACUUGUGGGAGGCUGCGGUGUGCUCCAUGAAAAGGUUAUUGACUCGUGUCAUGGGCAACCAUCAAUAUUCGUAUGAAGAGUUCACGACCGUACUAUGUCGGGUGGAAGCAGUGCUCAAUUCCCGUCCUCUAACACCGUUAUCAUCCGAUCCGGUCGAUCUAGAUUACUUGUCUCCGGGUGUCUUCCUUAUUGGCCCACCGUUAUUUGCUGGGCCGCCCAGGACUUCGCCGUAG